AUGACAAUCACCGUCGGCGUGUUGGCCCUGCAAGGCGCCUUCUGGGAACAUCUCGUCUUGCUACAAAAGGCCGCUGAUUACUUACGCAAUCAAGGCACGGCGGCCUCGUUCGAGUUUAUAGAAGUCAGAAACCCUCAAGACCUGGCUCGUUGUGAUGCUUUAAUCAUUCCUGGCGGCGAAAGUACAACCAUUUCCCUCGUCGCCGCCCAGUCUGGUCUGCUGGAACCGCUGAGGGAAUUCGUCAAAGUCCACCGCAAACCAACUUGGGGAACCUGCGCCGGCUUGAUUCUGCUCGCCGAGGCGGCUAAUGCUACUAAGAAGGGCGGUCAGGAUUUGAUUGGUGGCCUGGAUGUACGCGUGAACCGGAACCAUUUUGGACGACAGGUAGAAAGCUUCCAGGAAGACCUCGACCUGCCCUUUUUACAGACCAAUGGUGCAGUCGACAGGAAGCCCUUUCCCGGCGUCUUCAUUCGCGCUCCCGUGGUCGAAAAGAUCCUUCCCAAUGUCGAUGGCAUCCAGAAGGAGGAACAACAAUUGGCCGGGACCGUCGUUGCCCCGUACAAGUCUGCCGAGGACGAGCACGCCCGGCAGGCCAUGAGCUCGCAUGUCGAUAUCAUGGGAAAGCUGCCCGGUCGGUUGAAAAAAGCCGCCGGCAUGGGGCCCGACGCACACGCCGGUGAGGAAGUGGGAGAUAUCAUUGCCGUCAAGCAAGGCAAUGUCUUUGGAACCAGUUUCCACCCUGAAUUGACCUCGGAUAUCCGGAUCCAUGUCUGGUGGCUAAGGCAAGUUUUGGAUGCGGUCGGCACGACAAAUGGCGUUCCAUGA